GAUCUCUGUUCAGAUAUCACGAACCAAAACUAUCUAAAUAUACGCAUAAAACAUGUUGCUCAUUAACUUUUCCAGAAUUGUAGCUAUAAUUAUUUUCUACCACUCUGUACCAUGUUUGUCUGACAAAAAUGAUAAACUAACAUCAAAAUUGAAUCUGAUACUGAACCUGUUCAUUAAAAACGCCUGUUCCUUGCAUAAUUUAAUCUCGGAAGACGAUACAUUAUUAUUUAACAAUUUUCUGUCCAAGUCUACCUCUAAUUUAAUUGAUCGUCUUAAUGCCACCCACCUUGGAAGAUAUAACUUUACUUGGCAACUACUCAAUCAAGAUAAGUUAUCUCGCCUCAAUGGCCUUUCCAGCGCAAAGUUUAGUGGAAGUUGCCACGUAAUGUUGUUUCACUUGGAUCAAGCUCUGAGAAAUUACAGCGUUGUGAACAGGUUACUGGAUGGCCUAGUUGUAGCGAAAGAAAAUCCGAAUUACAUUCUCUUUAUCGCAGGAAGUUCUUCAUGGGUCCCUCUGGCAUUUAACUUGUACUUGGGCUUAGUAUAUUACACGCUCGAUUCAAAAUUCAUGUUCGUUACUAAAAAUUUCGGCUUGCAUUUGUUAUGCAAUCACUGCUUUACUGUGGCCCAGGUAUUGUCCAAGGGGAAUUUGAGAUUUGAUCCUGAAAAGAUAACCGACUUGGAUGAGAUUCAUGUUAAAUGGUACAAAGUUCACAAAAAUCUCGAUUGGGGGAUCUUAAACCUUGCCCGCGUCCCUUUGUGGCGUCAAUUAAAUGGAUCUUGUAGUUUUUAUAAAGCUAGACUUGACACACCUGCCGAGGAUUGUACACUUCUGGAAAUGAAGCUACGCUUCAACUUUUCGAUUUAUGGUGACGGUUCUGGGAUGGACAAAGGCAAAAAAAUUGUUGGAGGAAUAUUUCACGGCUACAUUUCCAGUGCUGGGUUCAAUCGCGACAAGUUUCUCGCUGUUUCUGUCAUGAAACAUAUUUGGAUACCGUACGGUUGCACGUACAAACCGUACGUGCUCGUCACCCUGGUUGGAGAAUCCAGCAUGAAUUUUCUUACCUUGUUGCAACCACUUGAUCGCUACUGUUGGAUCGGUUUAAUCAUUUCAUACCUUUCGAUUACACUGAUGAUUUUCAACGUUUUCAAGAUGGGAGUCAUGAAAUUAGAUAACGAUUCUUGGCAUGACCGAAUUUAUAAGGGUGACAUCCAUGCACUUAGAAGUGUUGGGUUUUGGGGUAUAUCUGUCUUUUUGGAGCAGAGUUCACACCAUCUCUUAAAAAGGUUUCAAUGGUCGUGGAUCGCAGCGUCAUGCUGUUCCUGUUGGCUCCUAGUAUCCUUCAUUCUAAGUAAUGGCUACAAAGGUGAUCUAUUUUCGAGCAUGGCAUCCCAACGUCUUCCUGCAGUCCCUGACUCUAUCCCAGAUUUAGUAACGCAUUACAAUCUCCCGGUCCUGACCACGACGAAGCACUAUUUGGACGGGAAAUACGCCCACCCAACCUUGAAGGAUAUUGUGCUCAUCGACAUGGCCGAGGGGCUGAUCGCGGCACAACAAAGUCUGCAUAUGCAAUUGCGAGACAGGCUUGUGUUCAUAAAUGGCACAGACGCUGCGCUCAUCGCCAACAUCAGUAGGGGCAUUGGAGUUAAAAGUGACCUAGGGCAUUUGCUGGAGAUUACAGAGGACUUUGCUCUCGUCAGCUCUGAAUAUGAUGCCAAGAGAUUUUCCAUUCUGGCUCGUCGUUUCACAAAGUUUAUCCCAAUCCAAAACCCAAACCAAGUGAGUCCUUACAUAACAAGAGUGCCUUGGUACGGUUACCGAAACUUUUUCACGACCAUUUUCAUCCCUGCGCUUGGCUCCCUGGUGGAGAGUGGAAUUUACGAGAGGUGGGUGAAGUACAAAGAACUUCUCACCAUGAUUCUGUCAUUGUACGAAGUGGAUGACAAGAUUAGUCGCCGAAAUGAACUAAGUUAUAAGACACAAUCCAAUAACUCAAUUUCUAAUGACCGAAAGGUGACCUCUACGAGUAGUAGACCCAAUUUUUACGCAAUGGCUACGCUAGUUCCGAGGGGGGAACAUCGCAAAUUGGGAAAGUCCGUCUUAAAAGGAGUGUCCUUCCAAAAUGUCAAGAUUGCCCUUAUUCUAUAUUUCUUUUGUUGCUCUCUAGGAGCUCUUGCAUUUUUGGUUGAAAUUCCAUUCAAUCGAUGGCUUGUUGUCAAAAAAGAUUCUCCAUUGAUGAGAAAGCACUUUAGAAAUCAAAGGCGUACAAGUAUACUCCACUGUUAUUAUUAAUUGUCGUAUCUAUACGUAUUUAUGUAAGCCCUGUCAUAAUAAAGCGGUUUUCUGCUUGUAA